GCAAUAAGGAUAGGGGGCAUCGCAGGCGCAACAAAAUGGGAAGCUGCAGUGUGGAUAGGCUUGAGGUGUUCGAAGUUGGACCAUGCAAAGAUGGUUACCAAAUGGGUCUCUUAAUUGGCCAAAGAUUCUCCGAAACCAUAAGGAGUAGAGUGGCCUCAGACCUCAUUCUACAAAACCAGCUUCGACCCUUUGCCCACUCCCCUCAUUCACAGUCACUUCUCAAACCACUUUUUUAUAACAAUCAAACCAAAUUCCCAAGGUAUUGGGAUGAACUUUUGGGGACAGCAGCAGGAAGCGGUGUGCCAUUUCUUGAUAUAUUGCUUAUCAACUUAAGGAAGGAGAUUCUGGCGUUUAUUCAAAAAGAAGGAGCAAAAAGUGCCAACUCCGAUACCUCGGAUGAUUGCUCCGAUGUUCUUGUUGUCAGUGAAUCUAUGGCUAUUGCGGCGCACAACGAAGAUGCAAAUGUUGCCCUUGUUGGCCACACCUACAUAAUCAAAGGAAUCUUGCCGGAUGGACUCUUCUUUGUAGGUUAUACAUAUGCCGGGGAGCUUCCAAGCUGUGCAUUUGGGUUCAAUAGCCAUGGACUGGCAUUCACUCUGGAUUCUGUACCCCCCGCUGAAGAUGAGAUUGUGGCUGGUGGCAUUGGGCGCAACUUCAUUUCGCGAGACCUUCUUGAAGCUACAAGCAUGGAUGAUGCAAUGAAUAGGAUCAAAUCGUCAGAAAUUUCUGUGGGGCAUUCUUAUAACUUGUUUGAAACAAGCACGCGCAGGAUUGUUAAUGUUGAAACCGCAUCUAGGAAGCGGAUUUCAGUUUAUGAAGUGGGGAAUACACCUUUCUUCCAUGCAAACAUGUACCUCCACCUACCGAUUAAUCAGGUACAAGAUGAGAAUUCAAUCAGCAGACAUAAAAGGGCAGCUGUCUUGACAAAAGAAUCAAAAGGGGAUUUCCUGUCACUUCUAGGAGAUAUGGAUGACAAAAAAUACCCUAUCUACAUGACUGGUCCAUUACUUCACACCCUUUGUACUGCCCUUAUCGAUCUGGACAAACAGACACUAUCAAUUAUUGAAGGGAAUCCAAAAAAAGGAGAUGUUUCACAUGUUUUCUCUAUCGCCCCUCAAAAGUCACCAUGAUUCUAAAGCAGCCUAAAGUCAUUAUAAUUGCAAAAGAACCUGUUACUGCAGUUCCUUUUUUAUGCUGGUUUAUAGAGGCCCAAGAUAUGCCCAUCAAUACACCGCACAGCUGCAACCUGAUCACAAAGGGACCUUAUCCAUUUGGUAUCAAAAGCUUUGAUAACAAGUAGUUUUGAAUGUUUAAUUAAAUGAAUUGUUACCUUUCCAUGGAUCUCAUAUUUUAUAGGACUAUCUAGUUGAGCUCCUAAUGCCUUUAAUUUGGUGACUGUGCUAUUGAUGUCAGUCACCGUAAAUGAUAGAAGUGAGGAGUAUUCCUUCUGCAUGACUCUGAAAUUAAAUAAGUUAUUUUACCCUUUUAAAAAGAGAGUAAUCCCUAGUGUUUGUUUUUUAUACCUUGAAAAAUCUUUAUCAUCAA